AUGAAGAUUACAAAAACAUUAGCACUCCUUAGUUUUUUGUUGGCUUUCUGCUUGUUUAAACCGUGUAUGUCUAAGAAUGAAAUUAUGAAAAAUAUAAAAGGAAAAUUAGAUGAAUUUGAAAAAAAUAUGAAAAAGAAAGAAUUUAAAAAGAAAGUAUUCAUUUCAUCAGCAGUUUUAGGAUUAGCAAUACUUGCAAAUACAUUAGCGGGUAUAGGUUAUCAUUAUAGAAAAAAAAAUGGCGGCUCUUUUUUUAAUGAUUUCAAUGCUUAUUCAGAAGCCAAAAAACGGGAAAAAAUAUCAAAAGAAAUUAUGAUGCAAACAAAUCAAUUUAAAGAAAAAGAUAUGGCUAAAAAUUUUAAAAUGGGUAAGAAAGAGCAUCCAAAAGUAAAGGAUAUAAUGUCAUAUAUUGAAACUGAAGUCAAGAAAAGAAAUCUUAGCUUUGAUAAAAAUCAUAUAUCCGAUAUGACAUAUGAUGUUUUUAGAAACCUUUAUAAUACAUCAGAAUUGUGGAAGAAAAACCCGAACCUAAUCCCAAAAUAG